AUGUCCCGAACAUCUUUCCUCGUUGAAAAUUUGCCUCAACCACCAUCCAUGCUCGAGCGAAGGUCAACUUGCGAGAGUAGCACGUCAUGUCAUCCCAGAUCGACGAGGUGCUAUUCCCGAUAUUCUGGGUGUUCGUCUGGAUUCUUCACCAGUUCAAACUUCGCCAAUGCGAGCGAUUGUUCCGCCAGUGAAGAUGACUGUGAUUCUACUCCCGUACGACGUGGUAGAAGCCCAAUUAGGCGACGCCGCCGCAUCCCAACUCCACCACUCGGCUACUAUAACACUUCUGAAUCAGAGCGAGAUUCUCUUCCUAUCCACACUCCACCUCCAUACCGUGCCACAUUCGACGGAGAAAUCGAAAGCAAGAAUUAUCGAGGUUUACAUCACGACGAGAAAGAACUAGAAUUUGAGAACCAGCUGGCCGUCCUCCACACCCCAUCUGACUUCACCUCUCGAUUCUCGCCGCUACCUACUUGUUGCGCCGAAGCUCGAUGUGCUUUCGACGCCAUCUCCCCGUUCCAUCAACGUUCAGGCGACGAGUGGUUCGACGAGGACGCGAUGGACAUGAGCAACCGGUCUUCUUCCGAGUCCGAAUGGACACCCAUGUACGACUUUCCUAGACUCUCGAGCCGUCACUACCAAGCCCAAACCUCUGGCCCUGUCUCGCUCGUCCAUGGUGACCGACAAAUCAAACUCCGGAAACUUCGUGAACGGUUCUACGCUCGUGAAGGCAAUCGACCCACGGCUGACUGCGGCAUCGACCGCGAUGACUAUGCGACACGGGUCGACGAUUACUUGCUGGAACGAGAUGUCUUGAGGAAGGAUUUUUACGGCCCUUGUGGAUAUCGGUCUCCCGAAAAUGCGGUCCAGGAGGAAUACGUGAAUCGCGUAGAUAGGAUGUGCUGGAACCAAAGGCAUUCGGAAAAGGUUGCAUUGUAA